AUGGGGUAUUAUUUAGCCGAUGAUAUUUAUCCACAAUGGGCUACACUUGUCAAGACAAUUCCAAUGCCACAAGGAGAUAAAAGAAAAUUGUUUGCCCAACAUCAAGAAGCAGCAAGAAAGGACGUGGGCGUGCAUUUGGAGUGCUUCAAUCUCGAUUCGCAAUUGUAUGUGGCCUGGUGCGUAAUUGCCCCCAACAAUGAUGUUUCAACAAAUGACACACAUAAUGGUCCUCAUCCAAAUCUCGCACCAUACCUUCAAAUAAGAGCACAAAUUCAAGAUAGGCGAGCUCAUCUUCAACAUGAUCUUGUCGAGCAUAUUUGGCAACGUUUUGGGCAUGAUGAUCAACAAAAUUAA